CUUUCGACAGCCUCCCUUUCGCGCUCCCGAGGUCGCUGUUGCACCCCUUAUCAAACGGCACUGAAGAUCGAAGAUAACGAUUCUAAACAAAGACGCACGUCCUUCCGUCAUCUGCACUUCCAAGGGCUGUGCACUUACCGCUUCUUCGUGAUUCUCAGCUCGUAGCAAUUGCGCAUCACGACGAACCGUGCACGAUUUGAGUCCAGUGAGGCUUUUAAUAAAUAUACAUCGCACCUCAACAUGGCUACCCAUCACGUCCGCCACCCAUCGCAUCACUCCAAAAAGGCGCAUCCGACCCACGCAAGGACUUCAAGGCCUACCCCUUUAUCGAAACGCUCAGGUUCCCACGGAAGGAAAGUCAACUCGCACGCCGUUCAGCACCGGGAAGUUGUCGACGACGAAGACGAGGAUCCGAUGGCCGUGAGCUUUCUGAACUACUGCACUGUCUGCGAAAAGCAAAUCAUUGUACCAAGCAACUCUGUGUUGUACUGCUCGGAGAGCUGCAAGAAGAAGGACGCUGAGAAGAGCCUCACGUUCUACGACUACUCACCUCCAACAACACCCUUCACCAACUUCACAUUUGACGACCUUCACUUCCCCGACAUCAUCCCACAACGCUCGCCUACUCAGUCCCACUCUAAGCGCAAUUCGUAUGCCUCCUCGGAAGGUUCAGUAGAUGAUGACUACCACCGCUCUGACUCCGAUGCGUCCAACUACCUCCGUCAAUUCCAGAACAUUUCCAGUGGAGCUGACACCGUGUGGCCCAUCCGACCUCGCUAUGAGCGCGCAUCGACGUCCUCGGCCAACUUCAGUGCUGCACCUUCCUUGUCACAUACUCCUGCGUCGUCCUAUAGCUUCUCGCUCCCGUACACCCCCUACACUCAGCCUUUCCACAACCGACCACUACCACCCAGGACACAUGGCUUAUCGUACGCAUCUAAGUCUAUUGACCUCGUCACACCCAUGACCGGUGCGUCGAGUCCCAAACAGUCGUACAACUUCAAGGCACCACCCGUCUCGAGAACAUCAAUGAGCAACAUCGGAGGCGAAAUCAUGUAUGCGAAAUCACCCGUGCCUUCGUUGUCGCCCGCCAACGGGAGUCUUGGCCGCCUACUUGGUUCGACGCCCCGCCAGUAGAUCACCACUUCCGUUCAGGACAUCAAACUUUACACUUACGAUUUCUUAAUACAUUGUCCUGAGGGACUGCUAUGCAGGCGUAGCUUAGCAUGACAGCGUUGCUUUUCAGGAAAAAGUUCAUUGAAUAUACUAUGCGCAUCGCGCCAGUGCGGACGACGGCAUGGGACAGAAUUAGAUACUUACAAUACCUUAUCAAAGGGCACCGCCAGUGCCUAGUCUCAACUCACAUACAUUCCAAUGACCCUAUUCCAGUGACUGAUUGAUUGAUUGAUUGAUUAGUUUAACGUCCUGUGUAAGUCUAAGACUAUAUAGGACGAGAGCAGUUAGGCUGCUCUAGUAAUUUACGAGU